AUGACAAAACAAGAAGAUUCUACAAAAGAAAACGAUGCAAAGCCAAGCAAUGGCAGACUCGUAAAUGAUAUAAGCGAAGAGGAUGGCCAGGGAGUAAUGGAAAAUGGACAACAAAAGUCAGAAGUGUACAACCAAGUUCACAAACUGAACUCUGGUGUUGACAAUCAAGGAUUCGAUACAAAAGAAACACAGCUUAACCAACAUUCUCAAGAUGUUAGCCAGGAUGAGGGAAAAGCCGUGCCAUCUGUUGCUUCUGAUAUUGAAUCCGCUCAACCACCAAAACGAAAGGCAGUGAGAACCUGGCUCAAAGAUCCUCAUUUGUACAAGGUCGCAAUUAUUUACGCGUGCACAAAGGGUUCACAGGAUGUGUUUUACGCCUACCUGCCUCUUCUCCUGACUGACAAACUGCAAUUUGAAAAAGAAGCGAUUGCCAAUCUGCCUUUGAUAUUGUUAAUGAGCGCCACAUUGUCCUCUCAAAUAUCAAGGAAGCUCUCUGGAAAAGUAGGAAAGAAGUGGUCCUUCAUUGUGGCUGCUCUGACCGUGACUGGGUCGUGUAUGUGGUUUCUGCGUAUUAACCAGUCAUCGAGAGUGUUAACUUACCCGGCCGUCAUUCUACUGGGGUUUGGGUCCUCCGCCAUGCUUGUUAAUGCCCUUGGUUUUGCAACAGAACUUAUUGGAGACAACAACGGCAGCUCUGGUUUUGUGAUUUCUGUCGUAGGUGCCAUCUCCAAUCUGACCUCAGGAACUCUUUAUAUCGUCAUACAAGUUUUAUUUCCCGAAGGAAGUGCAUCUGCCGAUUUUAACGAGACAAUCCGCGGGAAAAACGGUGAGAUGAAGCUUUUAGGUGACUUAGAGGCGUGUUUGUACGUGUAG